AUGCCGAACAAACACUCCACCAGCUACGCAAGAUCCUUUCUCGACUCGCUCCUCACCCCCAAGAAUGGCACCGCUCCCACCACCCCCACCCAUCCGCAGUCCUACUCGUCCAACUCCACCACCGCAACCGCCAACACCGCGUCCUCGUCCGCUUCCUCCUCCAGCGGCGUAGCUCCUCUCCUCACCGCAGCAUUCAAGCCGCACAAGCCCUCCUCGCUCUCCUCCUCGGCAUCCGCUUCCGCCUCCGAGGAUGGCGCGGCGCCAGAUCGCGACUCGUCCGGCUACGACGCCCAUCUCCCCUCCCAGCUCCUCUCCCAGCCAGACAAUCCACCCAACGGCUUGACCGACGACGACGACGACGCCUCCUCCGUAGCCACAUCGCCCCCGCUCUCCUCCUCCUUCAAGGCGCACCAGCUCUCCAUCCAGGCCCUCUCCCACCACCGCACCUUCUCCACCAGCAGCAGCAGGCGCACAUCCACAUCGGCCCCCACCACCGACUACGCAGCCGACAUCCUCGCCAUCCUCAACGACGUCCAUCUCGACGAGGAAGAGCGCAUCGACAAGGUCAGAGCCACGCUCGCCAACGCUCUCUACGCCAUCGAGGGCCUCCCUUCCCCCUCGGCGCGCAUCGACAACCUCGUCCUCGACCUCAUGCAUCGCCAUCGCGAGGACGUCCAGCCCAGCGGCUCCCUCUUCCCCACCAACCCCAGCCAGUCGCCCGUCCGCCGCCCCGCUUCCAUCCGCACCUUUUCCACCUCGCGGCCCUGGACGCCCUCGCGCCCUUCCUUCUCGCCCGCAUCCUCCUUCGGCACGCCUACAGAGAUCCCCGCCACACUCUCGCUCGCCUCCCAGCGCGCCACCUCUCCGCAUCUCGGUUCCAGCGCACUCGCCUCGCUCGCUUCCCCCACCGCCGCCGCCGCUUGGCCUUCGUCGGCCGCCAACGCAGCUCCCACCACCAGCGCAAGCCCGCGUCCCCAUCCGGGCGUCAUCGGCUCCGGCUCUCCGCGUGCAUCUCCCCGCCCAUGGAAUCGAACCCUCUCCAACCUUUCGUCCACCAGCCUCGCCUCUUCCAACGGCGCUGCCCCAACCACCACCACCCUUUCCACCCUCCCUCCAGGUGUCAUCGGCGGUGCCACCAGCCGCCCAGCCUCUCCGUCGCCGUUCGGCUCGCCCAAGCUCAACAUCGCCGCCAUCGAGUUCAAGCCGCGCGUAGCCACUCCCACCGCCUCGUCCACCGCUGGCCCUUCCGCUACACUCACGCCAACUCCUCAUCUCGUGCGCCGUCCCAGCUCCAACUCCAGCAGCACCAACCUCGCCCUCGCCAACAAGAGCCACGCUGGCGCCGGUGACGAUGAUGACGACGAGUUCUCGCCCUUUGGCUCCGUCAAACCCACCCAGCAGCAGCCCAUCAGCUUUGCUGGCUUCACCGCCUUCGAUCCCAACGCCGGCUGGACCUCGGCAAACCACGCAAGCAACGACGCAUAUCAGCACUGGUCCAACUCCGACGCACACACCAGUCUCGCCCCGCCACCCGAUUCGAGCGAGGCCAAGCCCGACACCAGCGCGCCCCUCACUCCUUUUGACAUGCUCUAUUCCAUCCUGGUCACCGGCACCAAAGCCGGCUCGUCCGAGUGGAGCCCAGAGCAGGUGGACGAGGCGCUCGUCAUGCACAACUACGACAUCGAAAAGACGCUCGCUGCCAUCUGGAACAACGACGGCAAGCCGCUCGGCGACGGCUCCCAGUCGCUCCUCGCCGGUGGACCCUCGCUGCCCCGAGCACCCGUUGCGCUAGCCUCCACCGAUUCACCCCGCGCUUUCGCGAAUCCGCUGCCGGCCACCGCCGGUGUCAAAGCCGGCGUCAACGUCAUGUCCAGAGAGGCGCUUGGUCUGGCUGCCACGCGUGGACAGCGUCCGGGCCUUUCGCGCUCGGGCUCGUCCCAGUUGACGCCGCGAUACGAGGUCGCUGCCGGUGCUGGUGCGGGAGCAGGCGGAGCAGGUGCCCGAGUGUGCCGCUACUUUUUGGCCGGAGAGUGUCGACGCAGCGACUGCCGCUUCUCGCACGACCUCGACAACCGCGCCGUAUGCCGCUACUGGCUCAAGGGUCAUUGCGCUCACAACCCGUGCAACUUUCUGCACGACUACGACGCGCUCAACCAGCUCGCCACGGGCAUCGUCUCCGGCCUCAAUGUCAGCGAUAGCAGCCUGCAGCGACAAGCAACGCCCGAAGCGAGCGACUUCGCUGGUGCCGCGAGUGGCAGCGAUGCAAAGGAAGACUUCCCUGAGCUCGGUGCGACGGGCAAGGACGCAGGCUCCAAGAGCUCGUAUGCGGCGACGCUCGGAGGCGGUGCGGAUGCAUCCAGGAACCGGUGGGCGGCUACGGUGCAGAAGAAGGCGCCGGCGGAUGCUGCGACCCGCGCGCAAGACGAUGCGCAGGGUGUGAUUAGCAUCCAUUCCAAAGCCGGGCCCAUCCGCCCACAGCCAGCAGCGGCGACGACCAAGCCCACGGGCAAGGCGUCGUCGUCGUCAGCAGCGGCGCGAGGCUCAGCUCGUAUUCCGCUGCGACCGUCUGCGCUGCUUCCGACGCUUCUAACGGGCAGCAGCGCGUCCGAGACGUACCUCGCGCACCGAGGCGAUGUACUGUCGUUGGCGGAGCAGAGGAACAAGCUUCUGUCGCGCGCAUCCGAGGCGUAUCGCAAAGGCGACGUGGCGUCGGCGAGCAAGUACAGCAAGGAGGCAUCGACGCUCAACCAGCAGUACGAGAGCGAGUCGCGCACGGCGGCGCAUGCGAUUGUCAAGGACCGACUCGGCGAGCUGCGUUCGCGGCUCAACGAUCCGAACUUGUCCGGCUCCAACUCUGCGCAGAGCACCGAGGCUGGUGCGCGCAGUUUGCGCGGCAAGGUUGUGGGCAACGGUCUCGGUGUGUGUCUAGGCGUACUGCGGCCCGGGGCAUUGCAAGGCUCGAUUACGGCGAGCCUGUCGAUGGAAGAGCGCACAGAGUGCCUGUUAGACCUGCAUGGCUUGCACGCCAAGGAGGCGGUGGAGCUGACCGAGGAGUUCCUGCUGGGUCUCGAGGCCGAGGGCAUCCAGGGACUCGCGUAUCUGGCCAUCGGCAAGGCAAAGCACAGCAGCAAGGAGACCGACAAGCGCCGCGUCAAGGUGGGCGGCUUUGUGAGGCAGUUCUUGAGCAGCUACUCGUAUCCGUUUGCCGAGAGCGACGGCGUGCUUGUGGUAGAUCAUCUGUCGCACUCGUUCUCUCAUAUCCAUCACCGAAUCUUCGCUCCUGGCUGGAUGCGCCUGCGCCCACUCGCCCCGCAUUUGCUCUCUUCUGUGCUUCAGGCUCGGUCAAUCGGCACCACCUCUGCACUUGCACGCGCAUCUACCGCCCAGGCCGUGUGGACGCGCAAGAUGGCGCUGCGCGACCGGUAUCGUGACUGGCCCAAGGAGGCGUUGCUUGCGCGCAUCGCCGAGCUCGAGGAGCAGUCCACCGCCCAAAUAACUGCGCACUUACGACCCAGCACGCUCGAAUCCGCUCCUUCCGGCUCGUCGAUAGAUCCAGACGGAAGUGUGGAGGGAAAAAAGGGAAAGGGAAAGAAGGAGAAGAAGCCCAAGGAGUUCGACUUUGGCGCGGCGGGAUGUCGCAAGAUCGCACUGCGCUUUUCGUACGAUGGCGCGGGCUACUCGGGGCUAGCUGCGCAGAACACCACUGUACCAGGCUCGGGGUCGUCGCUGCCCACGGUGGAGGCGGUGUUGUGGGACGCAAUGUGCACUGCGCGCCUCGUGGAUCCUGCGUUGGGCAUGGACGGCGCCGGAUUCAGCAGGUGCGGACGAACGGACCGUGGCGUAUCGGCGGCUGGCCAAGUCGUGGCGCUUUGGGUCAGGAGCAAGAAGCUCAACCACUGGACGGCGAGGCUUGAACACCAGGCCAAGUUUUCUUCGGACCCCAUUCCGCUGUCGGAAGACCACGAGGCGUUGGAGGCGAAGCGCAACGCUCGACUUGAAGCCACGGAGCUGCCCUACGUGCAGAUCCUCAACCGCAUCCUGCCGCCCACGAUCCGCAUCCAUGCAUGGUCGCCCGUGCGUGCCGACUUUUCGUCGCGCUUCGACUGCGUAUACCGUCACUACAAGUACUUUUUCCCCGCCGGUCCACCCUCGCUCUUCCUCGCCCAAUCCUCCUCYUCCUCGUCGUCUGCUGCGGAGGCGACAUCGACGCGGCUGGACAUCGGACGCAUGCGCGAUGCAGCUGCGCGGCUGGUGGGCGAACACGACUUCCGCAACCUGUGCAAGAUCGAUGCGUCCAAGCAGAUCACCAACUACCGACGGCGCAUCGACGGCGUUUCCAUCGACCGUGUCUCUUCGCACUGGCCCACUACACCCACCAACAUCAACAGUACGCACGAGGGGGACGAGGAGAUGUACGUGCUCAAUCUGCGCGGCACUGCAUUCCUGUACCACCAGGUGCGCAACAUCAUGGCCGUCCUCUUUCUCGUCGGUGCGCGCCUGGAGCAGCCUUCGGUGGUCCAGGAGCUCAUGAACACGCACGAGGGCGCCAUUGCUACCGACCGUGUCAAGAUGCGGCUCGCUGCCCAGGCCGCGCGUCAGGGCGAUGGAGUUCAGUGGUGGCUUCCCGUCAACGCCACAGCCACCACUACUGGUGCAUCCCCAACCGACGUGCCGAUGUGGGUCGACCGUCCUCCCACUCACCCCGAGGAUGGGCGGUUGGAAAUCUACGCCACCAAGCCCAACUACGAGAUGGCUUCGGACCGCCCUUUGGUGCUGUGGGAAUGCGGCUUCCUUCCCACCGACGUCGAGUGGCGUGUUGGCGCAUACGACGGCCCCCUCGACCAAAUUUCGGGCCCUGAAGCGGAUGAAGAUGCGUGUGCGGCAAGUUCGGCGCUGCUGCGCGUGCACAAGACGUGGACGCAGCACGCGGUCUCCACCGAGCUCGCACGCCACUUUGUGCUCGCCUCCGCCCCGCCGCACGGUACACUGCCGAGCCGGACGAGGUUCCAACAUGCCGCCUUUCCCUAUCUCGACUCCAAAGUGCAAGGCGGUAGUGCGGGAGAGGGAAAGGGGGCGGUGGUUCCGUUGGGAAAUGGCACGGGCAGGGGCGCGGCGAAUUACGUGCCGAUGCGCGAGCGCCCGCGCGAAGAGUCGUACGAGCUCAAGAACCAACGCUGGGCCGACACCACCGGUCGACGUCGUGCGGAACGCCGAGCCGAAGCCCAAGCCGAACCCGCAUCUCACGACGACUGA